AUGGCCAGUGUUCCCAAACGGUGUCAAUCAAGCCUGUGCGCUGCUCAAAGCAAAAAGAUCACCUUCCUACCAAGUAAGGAGCCGGCCUUCGUCACUGUCCCUGGAAAUGGUUUCUCAGAACCAUUUUCAGUUGUACCAGGGACAUGGAUUGCUUGUAUCAAGGCAGAAGGAGUCCUCCUGGAUUACCUGGUGCUGCUACCCAGGGACUACUAUGAAGCACCCGCGCUACGGCAGCAGGUCACAGAACCAUGUGCCUCUUCAGGACCAACCCAGGAGAAUUGCCUGCUUUACCAACAUUUGCCAGUGACCAGAUUCCCCUGUGCCCUGGCUUGUGAAGCCAGACACUUCCUGCUGGAUGGGGAGCUGAGACCCUUGGCAGCAAUGCAGCCCACACCGGCACACCCCGUCAUGGUGGACCUCAGUGGGAGAGAGGUGGAGCUGUGGCUGCGGCUGCAUGUCCCACAGGUGGGCCACUACGUGGUCGUGGUCGAGUAUGCCACAGAAGUCGACCAGAUGUCUGUGGUUGAUGUGGACGUGAGGAGCCCCGGGUCUGUCACAGCAGGCCAGGUGAACGUCUACAGCUGCAUGUACAGCACCCUCUGCCGGAGUGCUGUGAUUGACCACACACACCGCAUUGCUGUGUAUGAGCUACUGGCAGAUGUGGACAUUCAGCUCAAGGCACAUGUGGCCCGAUUCCUUCUGCAUCAGAUUUGUAUCAUACCAGUUGAAGAAUUCUCCACUGAAUAUGUGAGACCUCAAGUCCACUGCAUUGCCAGUUAUGGGCAAUUUUUUAGUCAAAGUGCCACCUGUGUCUCCCAGGCCUAUGAAACUCCUCCUACAGCAUUAAGUUUGGAUGCCCUGAAUGGUGGGCCUUCAUCUUCUGCUCACCUUGUUUCUGGAAUCACCUUGAAGGCACCGCAGAACCAGGUGACCCUGAGAGGGCACGUGCCACACCUGGGCCGAUAUGUCUUUGUCAUCCAUUUUUAUCAACCAGUGUACCCCACAUUCCCAGCACAGGUGUUUGUGGAUGGAGCGCAGCAGUGGUCAGGUUCCUUUCAUGCCUCUUUUUGCCCCCAUGUGCUUGGCUGCCAAGACCAAGUCAUCUCCAGAGACCAGGUUGCAUUUGACAUCUUAGAGCCUGAGAUUGCCGUGACUGUGAAGGUUCCAGAUGGAAAGUCGUUAGUAUUGGUCCGUGUUCUGGUGGUACCCGAGGAGAAUUACGACCCCCGAACACUACACAAGAAAUUCAUGAACAAGUCGUCCGAGUUUGUCAACAACUGUGGAGGAGACAGUUUUUAUAUUGACCCCCAGACAGCCCCCAGAUUCUGUAAGAACUCUGCCAGGUCCCUGGUGGCCUUGUACCAUGAUGGUGCACUGCCCUGCGAGUGCCACCCUGCUGGGGCCUUGGGCCAGGGCUGCAGCCCAGAGGGCGGGCAGUGCCCGUGCCGGCCCAAUGUCAUCGGGCGACAGUGCACCCGCUGCCAGACGGGCUACUAUGGAUUCCCACACUGCAGGCGUAAGUGCAGCCUUGUUGUCCGCCCGCCCUGCCUCUCGGCAGUGUCUGAUCUUCACUCGGUGUCACUUUAUCCCCCGCCAGCCUGUAGCUGUGGCCGGCGCCUGUGUGAGGAGACGACGGGAACGUGCCUCUGCCCACCCCACACGGUCAGGCCCCAGUGCGAGGUGUGCGAAAUCCAUUCCUUCAGCUUCCACCCCCUGGCCGGCUGCGAGGGCUGCAACUGCUCCCGGUGGGGCUCCGUGGGGGCUGCCACCCCUGAGUGCGACAGGGACAGCGGGCAGUGCAGAUGCAAGCCCAGGAUCGCAGGGCGACAAUGUGACCGGUGUGCAUCUGGGUUCUACCACUUCCCUGAGUGCGUUCCCUGCAAUUGCAACCGAGAAGGGACAGAGCCAGAAGUCUGUGACCUGGGGACUGGAGCGUGCCUCUGCAAGGAAAAUGUGGAAGGUACCGAAUGCAAUGUGUGUCGAAAAGGUUCAUUUUAUUUGGACCCAGACAACCCUAAGGGUUGUACCAGCUGCUUCUGCUUUGGAGUAAAUAAUCACUGUACCAGUACACAUAAGCGAAGAACUAAGGUAUGCAGAGAAUCAAAGGCUUUGUGCUUUUCCUAAGUACUGCAGAGUGAGGGAAAAAAUGAAUUGGCAUGAAGCAUGAAGUGUUGUGGAACUUUCUGUGUAUUAGUAUUUUGCAAUGGUAAGCAUUGUCCUUGCAGUUCCCUCAGCCAGCAGCG